AUGCAACAAGACCAACAACAACAUGAACAUGAUGGAACCAUUGGCAACACGACCAAACUCAGUGGCAUCAGUGAUGUAACACUGAUAUCUAAGGAAUCAAUGAAUGAUCGCUCAGAUCCAUCAUUAGCAAUAAUGGACAUGUACAAAGACAAUCUUAAAUCAACAACUCAAUUACUUAAUUCUACAACACUUAAUGAAUCAACGACGCCAGAGAUGAUCCAAGAAUCCAAACAUAAACGAUCAUAUGAAUUGUUGAUCAAAGAACAUAACGACCAUGAUGAUGAUGAAGACAGUAUUGUCAAUAGUAAUAAUAAUAAUGAUUAUUAUAGUAUAUCAAUUGGAACCAGGUCACUUGCAAACAAGAUAGCCAACAUUCCACAACAAUUGUUUGAACACUUCAUUGUAGUUGGACUAUCCAACAACUCCAAGAGUCUUCCUAGGAUUGGCAACAUACACAAACCUGAGCUUCUAUUCUAUUAUCCUCCCAACAGACCUGUACCACCCAAAGCACAUGAGUUCUGCUUUCCAAAUGGAAUAUCACCAUUCUUGAUCAAACGUACACCAUCUUGUUCAAGCCUAAAUGAACUACUAUUUGGACAACAAUAUCUUCAUUCACGUGAACACUUCUACACAUUCAUUCUCACUGGCGAUCCACCACUCUAUGGCAUCUGCAUUACCAAGCCCGAGCUCCUAAACACUAUCCCCAACUUCUUCCACGACAAGUCACAUUCACUGGAGAAGAAGCCAAUCUACAUUGCUAUCCAAAGGAGCUAUUGUUUCCUUUCCAAGCUGCCACUGUUCCAAGCACACUUUGAUGCAUUGGUAUACCUGUUGGCACAGGAUAGAUUGAUAACAGUUACAAGAGAACUAUGUUCAUCAGAGCUCAAUGAGAAGAAGGAUAAUGUUCGUGCAAGAAACAACAAGGACAACAAGACAUUGCUCAGUCCUACAUUGGACGCGAAUGGAUUACCGAUAUUGACAAGAUCACAAGAGAUUGAUAAGGAGUUAAAGAGCUUCAGUAACAUAUUGGAUAAGAAUAACUUACUGGAUGUGCUGCAAUACUACAUGGAGCAGACAUGUCUUUCAUCAUCUGGAGAGCAACUCAAGUUCACAUUCCCUGGUGAGACAUUCAUGAGGGAGUACACACUACCAGUUGGUAACAACAUUGACGAAGUACAUUCAAAGUAUAUCAUUGAAUGGGGAAUGCUAUCAUUGCUCACAAGUCUUAGCCUAAAGACCAUCACAACAUUGUUGAGUGCGAUACUCCUGGAACAAAGAGUUGUCUUUGUCUGUGAUGAUCUAUCUCUAUUAUCUACAAUUUGUCUAUCAAUGCACUCGAUGAUGCAUCCAUUUAAAUGGCAGGGUCUGUUUGUGCCGGUUUUGCCACAGGCUUUGGUGGACUAUCUCGAGGCACCAGUUCCAUUCCUGGCAGGUGUCCAAGUGUUGAGGAAACAGACCUUUGAGGGUCUAAUAGUCGAUAUCAAAGAGGACACAAUCAACUUUAACGAAUGCAUACAGCCUCCAGACCUACCAUGUUUAGACAUACUUUUGGACGACAUUACCCAGGAUUAUAACCUGUUGAGGAGUAGGCAGGACGAUACAUUGAUCGAUAAUCCAAUCAAGAGGACUCCAUUGCAGAUGGAGGUUACACAGAGAAUAUUCAAUUCGAUUAAUGGUUAUGUAAAGUGGCUGGUCGACACGAUACAGAGUGGCUUUGUGGUCACUGAGGAGAUCGCUGAGGACAGUCUAAAGAUCGAGGAACUCAAGUCCAAGUUCAUGGAAGGUGUACAGCCUCCCUACAAGCAGUUCGUGGCGCACCUUCUCCAGACUCAACACUUUUCACAGUAUCUCCAUUCCUACAUGGUAGUACCUUCGACAACAACUCCCUAUACGACUACCGCGACAACGACGACUGCCAUUGACACUGAGACUGUGUCAGAGCAAGAUCAAGCUGAGUAA